CGAGCGGCCGGGCUGCAGUCGGAGCCUCGCAGGCUGCAAGCCCGGUGUGAGAGCGAAUCGGAAGGCGAGGGGCGGCGGGAGCGGAGCGGAGCUCCAUGCAGACACAGGAGCCGGCAGCGAGCGAAGCAAACCCUCCAGCGGGCGGCGGUCCCUGGCGAGCGGCGGUAACGAUCGCGCGGUCUCCAGCCCCAUGAAAGCAGCCGGCUCCCGCACCAUGGUUGUCCGGCCCCGGCUCCCUCCGUGGAUUAUCGUCUGCUCCGUCUGGCUGCUCCGCUGGGCUCGCACGGGGGAGGCGCAGGCGGCGAAGGAAGUAAUAUUACUGGACUCUAAAGCACAACAGACAGAGUUGGAAUGGAUUUCCUCUCCUCCUAAUGGGUGGGAAGAAAUUAGUGGACUGGAUGAAAACUAUACUCCAAUACGAACAUACCAGGUAUGCCAGGUCAUGGAACCUAAUCAAAACAACUGGCUUCGGACUAACUGGAUUGCAAAAGGCAAUGCGCAAAGGAUUUUUGUAGAACUAAAAUUCACUUUGAGGGAUUGUAACAGUCUUCCUGGAGUACUGGGGACAUGUAAAGAGACUUUUAACUUGUAUUAUUAUGAAACAGACUACGACACUGGCAGGAAUAUCCGAGAAAAUCUAUAUGUAAAAAUAGACACUAUUGCAGCAGAUGAAAGUUUCACCCAAGGUGACCUUGGGGAGAGAAAAAUGAAACUUAACACAGAAGUGAGAGAGAUUGGACCUUUGUCCAAAAAAGGAUUCUAUCUUGCAUUUCAGGAUGUAGGGGCCUGCAUUGCUUUGGUUUCUGUCAAAGUCUAUUACAAGAAAUGCUGGUCCAUUAUUGAGAAUUUAGCUAUUUUUCCUGAUACAGUGACUGGUUCAGAGUUUUCCUCUCUAGUUGAGGUUCGAGGAACUUGUGUCAGCAGCGCUGAAGAGGAAGCUGAGAAUUCUCCUAAGAUGCACUGUAGUGCAGAAGGAGAAUGGUUAGUGCCUAUUGGAAAGUGUAUCUGCAAGGCUGGGUACCAGCAAAAAGGAGACACAUGUGAACCUUGUGGCCGUGGGUUCUACAAAUCAUCUUCACAAGAUCUUCAGUGCUCCCGCUGUCCUACUCACAGUUUUUCUGACAGAGAAGGAUCUUCACGGUGUGAUUGUGAAGAUAGCUAUUAUAGGGCGCCUUCUGAUCCACCAUAUGUCGCAUGCACAAGACCUCCAUCUGCACCACAGAACCUCAUUUUCAACAUCAACCAAACUACUGUGAGUUUGGAGUGGAGUCCUCCUGCUGACAACGGGGGAAGAACUGAUGUGACCUACCGAAUUUUGUGCAAGAGGUGCAGCUGGGAGCAGGGUGAAUGUGUUCCCUGUGGGAGUAAUAUUGGAUAUUUGCCCCAGCAAACUGGAUUAGUAGAUAACUAUGUCACUGUCAUGGACCUGUUAGCUCAUGCUAACUACACUUUUGAAGUUGAAGCUGUAAAUGGAGUUUCUGACUUGAGCCGUUCCCAGAGGCUCUUUGCAGCUGUCAGUAUUACUACUGGUCAAGCAGCUCCCUCGCAAGUUAGCGGAGUAAUGAAAGAGAGAGUGCUACAAAGAAGUGUGGAGCUUUCCUGGCAGGAACCGGAACAUCCCAAUGGAGUCAUCACUGAAUAUGAAAUCAAGUAUUAUGAGAAAGAUCAAAGGGAGAGGACCUAUUCCACAGUAAAAACCAAGUCCACUUCAGCUUCCAUUAAUAAUUUGAAACCAGGAACAGUAUAUGUUUUCCAGAUUCGUGCUUUUACUGCUGCUGGUUAUGGAAUUUACAGUCCCAGGCUUGAUGUUGCCACACUAGAAGAAGCCACAGCCACAGCCGUUUCCAGUGAACAGAAUCCAGUCAUUAUCAUAGCAGUGGUUGCUGUGGCAGGCACCAUCAUUCUGGUCUUCAUGGUGUUUGGAUUCAUCAUUGGACGGAGGCACUGUGGUUAUAGCAAAGCAGAUCAAGAAGGGGAUGAAGAACUUUACUUUCAUUUUAAAUUUCCAGGCACCAAAACCUACAUUGACCCUGAAACCUACGAGGACCCAAAUAGAGCUGUCCAUCAAUUCGCCAAGGAGCUAGAUGCCUCUUGUAUUAAAAUUGAGCGUGUGAUUGGUGCAGGAGAGUUUGGUGAAGUGUGCAGUGGGCGUCUAAAACUUCCAGGCAAGAGAGAUGUUGCAGUAGCUAUAAAAACCUUGAAAGUUGGUUAUACAGAGAAACAGAGGAGAGAUUUCCUAUGUGAAGCAAGCAUCAUGGGGCAGUUUGACCACCCCAAUGUUGUUCACUUAGAAGGGGUUGUUACCAGAGGGAAACCAGUCAUGAUUGUAAUAGAAUACAUGGAGAAUGGGGCCCUAGAUGCAUUUCUCAGGAAACAUGAUGGGCAAUUUACAGUCAUUCAGCUAGUGGGAAUGCUGAGAGGAAUUGCUGCCGGAAUGAGAUAUUUGGCUGAUAUGGGAUAUGUACACAGGGACCUAGCAGCACGCAAUAUUCUUGUCAACAGCAACCUAGUUUGUAAAGUGUCAGACUUUGGCCUGUCCAGAGUUAUAGAAGAUGAUCCAGAAGCUGUCUACACCACUACAGGUGGGAAAAUUCCAGUAAGAUGGACAGCUCCAGAAGCCAUCCAAUAUCGCAAAUUUACAUCAGCCAGUGACGUAUGGAGCUAUGGAAUAGUGAUGUGGGAAGUAAUGUCUUACGGAGAGCGGCCUUACUGGGAUAUGUCAAAUCAAGAUGUUAUAAAAGCAAUUGAAGAAGGCUAUCGUUUGCCAGCACCCAUGGAUUGCCCAGCAGGCCUUCACCAGCUGAUGCUAGACUGUUGGCAGAAGGAACGUGGUGAAAGGCCAAAGUUUGAACAGAUAGUUGGUAUUUUGGACAAAAUGAUUCGAAACCCAAACAGUUUGAAAACCCCACUUGGGACCUGUAGCAGACCAAUCAGCCCUCUUCUGGACCAGAAUACCCCCGAUUUUACCACUUUCUGCUCCGUAGGGGAAUGGUUGCAAGCUAUUAAAAUGGAAAGAUAUAAGGAUAACUUCACAGCAGCAGGCUACAAUUCUCUGGAAUCGGUAGCCAGGAUGACUAUUGAGGAUGUAAUGAGUUUAGGGAUCACGCUGGUUGGUCAUCAGAAGAAAAUUAUGAGCAGCAUUCAGACUAUGAGAGCACAAAUGCUACAUUUACAUGGCACUGGCAUCCAAGUGUGAUAGACAUUUCUCCCUUAUGAGGGAGGUGAUGAACUGGGAGGACAGCACUGGCCUUCAGUAUAUACAUGAAGUGCUGCUAGAAGACACUUGAUUUCCUGGGUCCUUCCUGCAGUGACUAGAUGAUCUACAAGAAGCACCUACAGACUUGAACUCCUAAGUGCCACCAGAAUUUACUAGAAGAGAAUUAGGAUCCACCAGUGGUGGCAAGGAAAACAGCAGUGACAAUAAACAAAGUACUACCUGAAACACAUACAAACACCUUGAGCUCUCUAACCUCCUUUUUAUCUAAAAGACUUUUUAAAAUGUACAUAAAGAAUUUAAAAAAGAAUAUAUUUGUCAGAUAAAAUCAUGAUAUUAUUGUUAAAUUCAACAAAAUAUUUUCCUUAAAUCUGUGAUUUCUGAAUCUUUUUUUAAUCAUUUGUGUUCUUCAUAAAGACUUUCUUUUUAGUAUGAUGUUUAUAUCUUUGGACCUUUUUAGUGCUAAUUCUAUGACACAUUACUAUACUGGGUACCUCUGAAGGAUUAUUUGAGAUUUUAGAAAUUUAAGAAGCAUGACUAAGCAAAGUAUAUGUGUCUGAACAUUGGUAUCUUUUUGUGCCAUUUUAUUCUGUUAUAUCAAUUCUGUAUUGACAUGGUUUGUUAAUUGGCAGGAAGUCAGGAAAACGCGAGUUGCCAAGAGCUCUGAUAUUUUUUAAAGAGUUUGGUUGUUUUUUUUUUAAGGUUGAACAUAUACUAUCUUUUACAAGAAAAAGGAAAGCAAUAAUGACCCCUAAGUAGUCGGCACUUUUAACAAAUUGUUUGCAAGAUGGUUUUAAUGGACUAGAUUUCAGGUGAGAUUUUCAAGGGACUAGAACCGCAACUAUAAACCUACUGAGACGCUUCAGUGAAUGGAUGAUCGAUUGUAGGAGUGUCUCAGAAGAUGGGUGCAGUUCUCCAGUGUUACCUAAACAUAUAAUCUGAGCACAUUACGUUUUUUUCAAUAUUCUGCAUUAACUAAUCUGAGAGAAAUAGCUGGCAUAUAUUUUAUAUGAAUUUCAUUUGAAUGCAGCCAGCUGUGAGAAUAAGGGUUUAGAUUUUUAUAUUACAACUGUAGAGUAUGUGGCAAGGGGCAGUUCAGAAUUUUCAUAUUUUUUUAUAAGCUUUUGCUGCUCUGAACACACACACAUAUACACACACACACACAGAGCUCUGAGCACACCUGAGUGCAUGCAUACACAUUCAUUUGGGAACACAAGCAGAAAAGUAUUUGCUCAAUAAAAUACCUUUUUACACCAUUUUUAUUUAUAUAUGUACUUUAUUUGAUUAAUAUAUUAAACUACCAUAAGCAAUAACAAAGUGUGUCUCUAUCGAUAAUACAGGAAUGUGUACAAACCAGAGAGAAAUGCUUUAAAAAUUAUGAAAAUGAUGAACUACCCAACAGUGAAAUGCUGUACUUCCAAAGAGAAUUGGGCCACGUCUAUUGACAUUGAUAGAGAGAGAUCCCAGGGAUCAGUCAUAAAAUAAGUCUUGUUUGAUCAUGUGGGCAUCCACAGAACAAAAGAAAAGAAAAGAAAAAAUCCCACAAAAAAUCCUACGAACACCUGUAAAUGUUCCUUUGUAAAACUUGUAAAUUUUAUUUAUACUGUCUUGUUUUGUACACACAUUUUUGUGUAGUGAGCUCUGAAUACAUUGAAAAUGCACUAUAUUUUUCUAUUUUACUUGCAGAGCAUCACACAAGAACAUGUAUAUUCAGUGCUCCAUAAUGUGUUUUCCCACAUUUAGGACCAAAGAUAGCUACCGAAUACUUAAUGGAUCAUUCCCUCACCCACCCACCUUUUUCUCCCUUUUAGAUCACUGUACAGUGUUAUAUUUGUCAUUUUAUUUAUUUGUUUGAUUAGAAAACUCAGUUUGAUUAUACUAUUUUUUCUCCCCUCACCCAAUUGAAGAAAAUAUGUAAAAAGAUUUUAAUUAGCAUAAUCCAGUUACAUAGACACUUCCAUUUGUAAUCUUUGUAAUAGACUGUAAAUAUAUUUUUGGAACUAUAAUGUGAUGUGCAUAAGGGUUAUUUUUCAGUCUUCAUAUAUAUGAUUGUUUAAACAAUUCACAGUAAUUUAAAGGCAUUUGAGAAAUAUCACUUGUUGCUGGGCUUUGAAGAGGAAGAAAAAUAUGAAUAUUCUUAUUUCAUAUUAGAUAUUCAGUAGAAAUUAAGUUACUUUCAUAUGUAAAAAUCAAGACUUUUUUUUCUUUUUACUUUUAAAGUUAAUUUGCUAAAAUAUUUUAGAAUUAAAUGAUAAACUAUACUGAAUGCCCAGUUUUCAAACUAGUGCAUCUUGUCUCUUAAUCUGGAAUGUAAAUUAUCACUUGGUAUACUAACUAAGUAUUCAUCUUGGCCCUAAAGCCUCAGUAAGAUAUCUAGGCUAAAAUUUUCAAAGGAACUUAAUGUAUUUGGGUGCCCACAUCUCAAUAUAUUGCAACUGCAUUUGGGUGCCUGUCUUUCUUAAACUUCUUUGAAAGCCCCAGUCCUAAACUAUUGGCCAUAUUUUAAAGUGUUGUCUCUCCUUCAUUAUGCAGUACUUUAUACAGCAAAGCAGUUAGGCAUGGGCUUGAUUUAAAGAUUUGUCAGUAGUUGUAGGCACAUGCUUAGCAUUAAGUGCAUGCUUAAAUAUUCUAAAGAUUCUGCUGACUAGGAAGGAACCUAGAGAUAUGCUUACAUUUAAACAAGUGCCUUACCAUAUUGGGCCCUCAAUGACCAGCACCUAGAAGGUGCUAAACUACUUUCAAGUUACUUAUUUAUGUGCCCAAUUAUGAUUACUAGAGUCUUAAUUUCAGGUACCUGUUUUUUAGAUCUUAGCUAGGAUGUCUAAACAUUUGAUCGUGUGAUAUAUUGUACUAUUUCUGGUAUUGUUCAGUACCUAAAAAUUCCAGCCCAGCUAAUUUAAUAAUAAAAGUUGACAGACACUUUCCUCCUUCAGGAAUGCUUGGUAUCCUGCAGCAUGGAAGUC